CAUCAGGCUUCCCCUUUGCUGUCGAAAUACUUGUUCCAGAGGAUGAGACCUGAUUCUGCCAAACCAGUCGCAUCCUACGUGCAGUUGGCCAUGUAUCGAGGGUGGCAGAGAUAUAUAGCCCUCACGGCCAUCGUGGUUUUUAUAGUCUACUUUGGAUUCCUCCUUCGCCAAGACUCACUGAAUCCCAUCACCCCAGAUCUGAGCCCUUCCCAAUUCGAACACCCCGCACUCAAAGUCAGCAAUCAUCCUAUUGACCAUUUGAUCAAAAAAGCGCGCUUCGGCUUUAAGCAAUUGCUUGGGAAGCGCUCUGUGACUCUGGAACAAGCUGCAUCACGUUAUCGUGAACGUCGCGGUCGACAUCCUCCACCUGGUUUCGAUAUCUGGUUCAAGGCCGCUCAAAAGAAGGAUGCUAUUGUUGUCGAGGAGUUUUUUGAUCGCAUUCAUCAUGAUAUCAACCCGUUCUGGGCCCUGGAUCCGCACGACAUGAGAGUACAAACCCACACACAGCCUCAGGUGAUACAUGUACGCAGCGGGAAGGCCUCGUGGGUUACAGACGACGAUAAGAGGCCACCAUGGAUCCAGCUGUGGACGGCACUAGUCGAGGAGAUGUUACCUCAUCUGCCUGAUCUAGACAUGGUCGUCAAUGUCAUGGACGAAACGCGAAUUCUGGUACCAUGGGAGAAGAUCGACAGCUAUGUGGCAACAGAAGAAAAGAUGCGCAAAUUAAUCCAUCCUGACGAUGCAAUCUCCCAAUACAGUGGAUUGUCAGACGUUGAUGCGGCGAAUGAGCCAUACGAGCCGAAUUGGAUCCAUAGCGAGACCAAUACGUACUGGGACCAUACACGCGCAGCUUGCCCACCUGAUAGCAUUGCUCGCAACAUCUCGUCGCUGGCCUCCUUCAAUGACAGCAUUGAUUACCCCACAGGACCUAUGGAAUACACGUACAAAGGCUUCGUGCAGAACUUCACGGCCUCGCAGGACGCUUGUCGCCAACCCCAUUUGCGUGGCAUGCAUGGCACAUUCAUCGAGAGUGUCAGCAUGUCGACGCUUCACGAGUUGUUGCCAAUGUUCGGAGGCUCAAAGUUGCCCCAGAAUAACGAGAUACUGAUCCCAGGGGCCAUGUACUUGACGGAUGAUCCGUUCUAUAGCGGAGGCAGAACUCAUGGUGUGAAAUGGGCAGCGAAGAAGGAUGCUUUGGUUUGGCGCGGUGCAGCGUCUGGAGGCAGGAACAAAGUCGACAAUUGGUGGCACUUCCACAGACACCGCUGGGUGCAGAUGAUGAACGGGACAACCGUCAGCGCGAUGGAGGCCGGCGACGAGUCUCGAGGGCCGUCUUUCAAGUUGAUCCCGCCCGAAACUUAUUCGGUGCUCAAAAAACAGAAAGGGAAGCUUGGGCAAUGGCUCUCGAGCUUCGCGGAUGUAGGAUUCAACAUUCUUGAAUGCUUUCCCCGCGUGCCAUCCGGCAAAGGGUAUCUCAAAACAUGCGAAUACACGGAUCCUUUCAUGGAGGUGAUGCAAAGCGUGCCGAUGAAAACGCAAUACAAAUACAAGUACCUGCCUGAUGUGGAUGGCAAUUCAUUCAGUGCUCGCUGGAGAGGAUUUCUGUUGUCGACGAGCAUGCCGUUGAAGGCAACGAUUUAUGCAGAGUGGCACGACGACAGGAUGAUUCCUUGGGUACACUUUGUCCCUUUCGACAGCUCGUAUAUGGAUAUAUAUGGCAUCAUGGAUUACUUCUUGAAUGGGCAUGAUGCGGAAGCUCAGCGCAUUGCAGAAGAGGGGAGAGUUUGGGCAGAGUCGGUGUAUCGACGUGAUGAUAUGAUGUUGUAUGUUUGGAGGUUGUUGUUGGAGUAUGCAAGGGUGGUUGACGAUAAUCGAGAGCGCUUGGCAUUUGUUGAAGAUUUGCGGUGACGAUUUAAGAGGAAUUCUGUAUAUAUUCCUUGGAUAUAUGGGUUUUGUUUGGAGUUGGAAGUAGAAAUAGGGUUUUAGCGUGUAAUUUGGGACCCACUUAAGAUGACGAAACCUAAAACUUGACCAUACCAAAUUAGAGUAUUUCCAACAGUCUAUGUACACAUAAUUCAGG